AGUCUCCAGCUUAAAAUUCAACACAGACUCAGAACUCAGAACCCGACUCAUAACCCAGACGUGUUACGUUUAGUUUUUGGUUAAUCAGUGAUGCACGCACACGCGUGCAGUACAGAUCCUCUGUAAAAUAAAUAUUUUUUUUUUUGUUACGUUUUUACAUACAUUCAAAAAAAAUAACGAAUGAGAAACAAAGAAGAUUAAAGAGUUAAGUAUAGUAAAGAGCGGAGUUAACCAACUCCGACUUUUUACAAACCUAGAGUGGAGACCGAACCCAGAGCAGACUUUGUGAUACAGAAACAACCGGAGCGUUGCCUUGUGCGGUCGAAUUUUUCAUGCGUUCUGUGGUAAUGUUACAGCACGGAGGAUCUAGUGUUGGAUUGAUGGGUGGAAACGGUCAGGGUGCACCAAACAGUGGUGGCUACGGCAGCAUGGGUCCGGUUGAUAACUCCGGGGGCCAGGGGCCCGAUCAAACGGUCGAGGCUCGAAAACAAGAUAUUGGUGAAAUUUUACAACAGAUUAUGAAUAUCACGGACCAAAGUUUGGAUGAAGCACAGGCUAGAAAACAUACAUUGAACUGCCACAGAAUGAAGCCAGCAUUAUUUUCGGUCCUCUGCGAGAUAAAAGAAAAAACAGUUCUAUCACUGAGAAAUACCCAAGAAGAAGAGCCUCCAGAUCCACAGUUGAUGAGGUUAGACAACAUGCUGAUAGCUGAGGGCGUUGCUGGACCCGAAAAAGGCGGUGGUGCUGGUGCUGCAGCAUCUGCGUCAGCAGCCGCAGCCGCUGGACCACCAGGACAACCGGAUAACGCUAUUGAACAUUCUGAUUAUCGUGCUAAGCUUGCACAAAUCAGACAAAUUUACCACCAAGAGCUUGAAAAAUAUGAACAGGUUGCGUGGUUUGGAGCAUGUAACGAAUUCACUACGCACGUUAUGAAUUUGCUGAGAGAACAGAGCCGUACAAGGCCAAUUACACCCAAGGAAAUUGAAAGAAUGGUUCAAAUUAUUCAUAAAAAGUUCUCAAGUAUCCAGAUGCAGCUCAAACAAUCCACCUGUGAAGCUGUUAUGAUUCUAAGAAGUCGAUUCCUUGAUGCCAGACGUAAAAGACGGAACUUUAGUAAACAAGCAUCUGAAAUACUAAAUGAAUAUUUUUACUCGCACCUAAGCAACCCGUAUCCGAGUGAAGAAGCUAAAGAAGAAUUAGCGAGAAAGUGCGGUAUCACUGUCAGUCAGGUAUCUAAUUGGUUCGGCAACAAGAGAAUACGUUACAAGAAAAAUAUCGGCAAAGCACAAGAAGAAGCAAAUUUAUACGCCGCUAAAAAAGCUGCUGCAGCUUUUGCAGGAGCGUCGCCGUACAGUAUGGGCGGCGCCAGCCAGGGUACAUCCACGCCGAUGAUGUCUCCGGCGCCACCGGGUGGCCCUCAGGACAUGGCAGGAUACGGAAUGGGAAUAAACGGAAGUGACUAUGGUUCCCAACCCUACAAUGACGGUUCAAUGGGCUAUGAUCCAAUGCAUCAGGAGCUGUCGCCUUGAAAUCCUUAGAAGAUACUUGCAGCAUACUAAUUAAAAGCAAAACAAUAACAAUAAACAAAGAAAAUCUCAACUUACUAAAUAAAAAUUUUAAUUAAAAAAACUAAAUAUUUUUUUUUUUUUUUUUUAAACAAUUCGGUCACCCUAACUGUGAUCCACAAGUUCAAUUGAUAAAUGAACAAAUACGAACUAAGAUCGAUAUUAAAUCCAUAAGAAUAAUAAUAAUAAUAAAUUAUUAUUUAUCUCUCAUUAAAUGCAAGGAGCGUUGGUCAGUACUUUUAAUUUAUCUCAAUAAUAACCAAUUAAAUUUUACAAAUAUCGGAAAUAUUUUUUAUUAAAAACUAAAUAAAUUCUCCUUGUACUCUAUCGCCUUUUUCAAUUAUCCCUCAAAAAACAUUUUAAUAAAAUGACAUACGAAUAAAAAAUAUAAAAUUUAAAAUAAAUAAAUAAUUUAAAAGAGGGAAACGAAGCAAUGGUCCUUCGACACAACACUGAUGUAUACGAUUUUUCAACAUGAAAAUAUUAUAUAAUGUAGCUAUAUAUAUAUUAUAAAUAUAUAAAUAUAUAUAGAAAAAUAAUGAAAUAAUUGAUUAAAAAAAAAAAAUUAAAAUAUAAAAUAGUCUGUAGGUUUAAAUUAUACCAGCUAAGAUCACUUGCUUUUUAUCACUCCUAUCAAUUUUUUUUUUUUAUAUUUAUAUAUGUAUAUAGGGCAUUACAUACAUUGUAAAAAAUUUAGAGAGUGAACGCGCAUUUAAUCUGGAGUAAAGGCGGAGCGGAUGACUGCUUAUUUAUUUAAUCCCCUAGGAGUAAAAUUUACUUCGAAGCGGAGUUUAUUUUAAUGUUUAAAUCUAAAUCACUCCGAUGAAAGAACAAACUCUGUAUGCGAAGUGAUUUUUUGUAAAAACUCCGAAUCUCUGAGCGGAGGAGUGAGUUCGGAUUUAAAUAAAAUCCGUAAUCACUCCGAAUUCACUCCCGAUUUUUUACAGUGUAUUAAAUCGAACCAUUUUGUACCUUUAGGUUCUUGAUGUUUGAAAAAUAAUUAUUUUGUUUUAUCCGGUGAAUAAAAUUUUUGAUGGUUUUUAAAAAUAUUUUUUAAUGACACUCUCGAGACUGAAUUAUUUUUUCGAUGGUCAUGACAAAAAAUAUACUAAUAUUCUAAUUAGAACAUUUUUUUUUCAUGUCAAAUUUUUCCAUUCUAAAAAAAAUACGAUUUUCUUAUUAAUUUUUUUUAUUUUGUACUCCAAUUUUUUGAAAUGGAUGUCAUGUUUAAUUUUCAAAAAAUUUAUAUAUUAGAAUGCGGGUAAUAUCAAAAUUUGAAUAUAAAUUUCAUCAUAUGAACUAAUAAUUUGUUAUAUUUUUUUUUCAAUAGAAAAUUUUGAAAAAAUUUCCAAAACUUUAUUUCACUGGGUAAGAAAAUAUAAUCAAUUUUUCUUCCAAUUAAAAACCUCAAGGUACAUAAAUUGCCGAUUUUGCGUGAUACCCAACUAUAUAUAAAUAAAUAAAUAAGUAUAAAUUAUAUUAUAAAUAAAUCAUCAAUGCCAUUAUCAUAAAUCGUGAUGAAAUUUUCUACAAUAAGUCUAAAAAUGACGAACACAUUUUAUUAUUUGUUUAUAAAAAAUAAAUACGUCGACUAGAUAAACUGUCUUGAGUGAUAUAUAGAAUGUGCUAUUUAAUAAAAUUUAUAAAUUAAAUUAACAAAGGAGACAACAACAGCAACAUAAAGAAA